GGUCUUCCAGGGUUGGGAAUCAAUAUGAAUACGCCCGCGAAGCGCGCUCGUCGCUGAAUUGUCCGCUUGCACGCGAAAAUCCCGGCCACGCGAGAGUCGCGCGGGAAGGCAGAGCGUAGAUUCCGCACUUUCGCGCGAGCUGUCAGCUGUCAGCUGUCAUCUGUCAUCCGUCACCGCGGCCGGAACGAACGGAGAGGUCAAGAAGUCGGUCGACGCUCAUUCUCCCGCGAAUAUAUAUCUCUUCCCCGGACGCGAUCCAGUUGCACGCGAGACGUGACACGAGCAGGGGUGAUAGUUUCUAAUUCCUCGUCGAUUACGACCUUGGAGAUACGACGAAGAAGGCUCGCAGGUGGAGAGAGAGAGAGAGAGAGCACCACGGAAAGCGAUCGGGCAACGUGGAGGAUCCUUGAAUCGAGGAUUUCGAGGAAAAUAGGAGAUUGACAUCGUGGAAUCUUAAUUCUUCGAGAAGUGGAGUAAGGACGAGGAAGAGUUUGUGACGUUUGUCGCGAAGCCCAAAAGAAAGAGAGAAAGAGAGACAGGUAGAAAGAUAGGGUUCGAUUAAUCGGACGACGAGGUCAAUUCGACGAUGGCAGUGAGCGCUUUCUCGACGUCAUUACCUACCACCGAUUUUGCCACUACGUGUCCCACUACACCCGCGCUCUGGACCGAGGCGUCUCUACCGCCCGAAGAAGAGGAGGAGAACGUCCUGCACAUCGGCGGGAUCUUCCCCAUCGCCGGCGAGGGCGGCUGGCAGGGCGGCCAGGCUUGCAUGCCAGCUGCGCGUUUGGCCUUAGAGGACGUUAAUCGCGAAAAGAACUUGUUACACGGAUAUAGACUGCACCUUCAUUCCAACGAUAGCGAGUGCGAACCCGGUCUCGGCGCAUCCGUGAUGUACAACUUACUGUACUUUCCACCCUAUAAAUUAAUGCUGUUAGCCGGUUGCAGCACGGUCUGCACCACGGUCGCCGAGGCAGCCAAGAUGUGGAAUUUAGUGGUGCUCUGUUACGGUGCUUCGUCGCCAGCGUUGUCCGACCGAAAUCGAUUCCCGACUCUCUUCAGGACUCAUCCUUCCGCCACGGUGCACAACCCGACGAGAAUUAAAUUGCUGCAAAAGUUUGGCUGGUCACGGGUGGCGAUAUUACAGCAAGCCGAAGAAGUGUUCAUAUCAACGGUCGAAGAUCUAGAAUCUCGGUGUAAAGAAGCUGGGAUAGAGAUAGUCACUCGUCAAAGCUUCUUAUCGGAUCCAACGGACGCGGUGAAGAAUCUACGACGUCAGGAUGCACGAGUAAUCGUCGGAUUGUUCUAUGUGGUGGCCGCAAGGCGCGUACUCUGCGAGCUCUAUCAUCAGAAACUGUACGGCAAGACCUACGUAUGGUUCUUCAUCGGCUGGUACGAGGACGACUGGUUCGAGAUCAAUCUGGAGAAAGAGGGUAUCACCUGCACGAAGGAGCAGAUGCGACAGGCAGCCGAGGGACACCUGACCACCGAGGCGCUCAUGUGGAAUCAAAAUAACGACACGACAAUCAGCGGCAUGACGGCCGAGGACUUCCGAAAGAGAUUGAACAAACUGUUGCAGGACGACGGUUACGAAAUAGACAAGAAUCGAUAUCCUGAAGGAUAUCAAGAGGCGCCUCUCGCCUACGACGCGGUCUGGUCCGUCGCGUUAGCGUUUAAUAGAACCAUGGAGAGACUAAACAAGAUGGGAAACAGCUUGAAGAACUUUACAUACAGUAACAAAGAGAUUGCCGAUGAGAUAUAUGCGGCGGUGAACUCGACCCAAUUUCUCGGUGUUUCCGGAGUCGUGGCGUUCAGCUCGCAGGGCGACAGGAUCGCUCUGACGCAGAUCGAGCAAGUGAUCGAUGGAAAGUACGUUAAGUUAGGAUAUUACGAUACGCAAAGUGACAAUCUGACAUGGCGAAAUCUGGAGCGAUGGAUCGGUGGGAAGGUGCCGCAAGACAGAACGAUAAUAAGAACCGUUUUGAGAACGGUGUCACUGCCCUUAUUUAUAAGUAUGGCGACCUUGGCGGCGCUCGGUAUCGUGAUAGCCAUCGGAUUGAUCGUAUUUAACGUCUAUAAUAGACACCGAAGAGUUAUAUAUUCGUCUCAUCCUACCGCCAACACGAUAAUGCUUCUGGGAAUAAUAGGCUGCUUCUUGGCCGUGUUGUGCAUAGGGAUCGACGGUAGGUUCGUGACACCGUGGCAGUUUUUGAUAAUCUGUCAAGCUAGAGCGUGGACGAUGUCGGUCGGCUUCACUCUUGCGUUCGGCGCUAUGUUUAGUAAAGUUUGGAGAGUCCAUCGACUCUCUACAAAGGCCAAAGCCGAUCAGGGAAAAUCAUUGACGGCUAAACAAAAAGUUUCGUCUAUACAGAAGAAGAUUGAGCCGUGGAAGCUGUACAUUAUGCUGAGCGGAUUGCUGUCGGUGGAUAUCAUCCUCCUUGUCACUUGGCAGAUGGUUGAUCCGUUGCGUAGAAGAAUCGAAACCUUUUCGCUGGAGCUGCCUCCUUAUGGAGACGAGGAUGCAAUGAUCAAGCCCGAAUUGGAACAUUGUGAGAGCGAUAACAACAGCUUGUGGCUCGGCUUGAUCUACGGCUACAAGGGCAUUGUCCUAGCUUUCGGGCUCUUUCUAUCUUACGAGACGAGAAGCCUCAAAAUCAAACUGAUCAACGAUUCCAGAUACGUGGGCAUGUCGAUAUAUAAUAUCGUAGUUCUGUGUCUAAUAACGGUACCCGUGGUAAUGGUCAUCUCUAGCCAACAGGACGCGAGUUACGCCUUCUCAGCGUUGGCCACUAUCUUUUGUUGCUUCCUCAGCAUGGCGCUCAUCUUUGUGCCGAAGGUGAUCGAGGUGAUUAGGCAUCCCAGAGACAAGUCCGAGUCGAGAUACAACCCGGACGGCGCGGUGUCCAAGGAGGAGGAGGAGAAGUAUCAAAAACUACUCAACGAAAACGAUGAGCUUCAGAAGCUCAUCGCUUCGAAGGAGGAAAAGAUCCAAGUCAUCAAGCAGAAACUGGCGGAGCGCGAUGCCUUGAAGGGAACCGGAACGACGAGUCGUUGCAGACAAGGUCAACCGAAGCAAUCCUUUAUCGUUACCGAUUAUCCGACCGGCGAGGGGACGUCGGACAGUGCUAUCGGUGGGGGUAUUUCCAUUUGUACAAAAUCCUCUCGCGCUUCCGCUUCUGAUGUUGAGUUUUCAGAGACGUACUUAUAAUCUCUCCGCAAAUACGAGUAAAAUCAUGCUGUCAUCUUUACCGGACGUCUUUUCGCGCGACCGCGCGAUAUACAUUUGGGACCUAAAGUUCUUUUCACUUCAAGCUCUCGAUGAUUAUCGUUUACGCUUCGCUUUUAAAAAUUUUGUGAUCGAACGUAUUUCCAAUUUAUUAUUUGUCGUAAGUAUCGAUGGGUACGUACUUUUCCGUUUUUUCAUAAUGCACUCAUGGGACAAUGUCUCGUUGCAAAAAUGAACAGUGUAUUACAACGUGACGAUGAAACAUCGACUAUAUUUGCACAAUGAAAUAUGAAACAAAAACCGACAGGAGAGCACGUCUUUUUUUUACGCAAUUUCAGCGCACAAUAAAUUAUUGUAUUGUCUUGUCUUUAUUGAUACGGUUACACAAAAGUGAACGACAAAAAGUAAUCUGUAUUAAUACAAUAACGAAAUGAUAACGAAGGAAAUGUUAGUGUCAUAAAUGUUAGUUCUAAUUGUUUAGAGAAUUUUUUCGGUAGAUAAUAUUCGGUAGAUAUUUUUCGGUAAAUAAUCUCGUAUAGUACAUCGCUUUUGUAAGAACGUACAUUAUAGUUUUAUAGUUGUUAGCGUAACUUCUUUAAAUGUUAAAAUACACAAUAAGUGUCGUUGAUACGAUAACUUAGUGACUCUUUCGUCUAAUAAACAAAUUAGUAAUUUCGCGCGUAUAUAUUUAAAUACGAGAAAUGCAAUCGAAAGAAAAUCAGGCCUAUGUAAAAGCUGGCCCUAUCUUUUGGAUGAUACACAGACACACAUACAAUGAAUGUGUUCUUUUUUCUAUAAUUAUAUGUUAUAUUUAUAUAUAGUCCGUUUUUCCCGUUUAAAAAUUAACUGUUUUAUAGAUAGAUAUAUACACAUAUAUAUUGAAUGUUUGUGAGAGUUUAUCAGGUGCAUUUUUUAGCACUGUGAGAAAGUAUUCAACCAUAUUCUUAGCGUCAUACAAUCUUACCCUAUGGACCAAGUUAUCCCAUGGAAUAACGUUUUCAGGGACAGAGCUUUUGAGUAUUUUAUAUCUUAACUUUUAACUUUUUAUCGAAAGAAAGAAAAUAUAC